AUGACGGGCUCGACCAUUGCCACUGCUGCUGCUGCCAUUCGAACAAGGCGAUUUUCGACUCCAGACUCUGCCAGCCCCGAUGACUCAGACGAGUACACCCCUUGGUACACAAUAGACGGAGAUAACAUGACCAUAAGCAACAUCAUCCGACCAUACAUCAAUAAGCCUUAUCCUGAAAUACGCCAAUGGAAAGCUCUGGGCGACUCUUUUUCGGCCGGUCCAGGUGCAGGUAAAGAUUGGGAAAGGGAAGAUCCACAUAAGUGUAUGCGGCAUCAAAACGCUUAUCCGCCAUCGUUAUGGGGCGAUCCUCGGUUUUUCUACCCGUCACCGAACCCCGCAGAGCCUGACAGACAGACUACCUUUGACUUUUUCUCUUGCACAGGUGCUGUAGCCCCUGAUCUAAUCAAUCGGUAUAAACCCAAUCAGCAAGUCUCACGGGUAAAUGAAGAGGAUGAAAUAGUCACACUCUCCAUUGGUGGCAACGAUGUCGGAUUCGUCGAUAUACUCAAAGCAUGCGUCUACAAAUUCUUCAAAAAUGAAGAUGCAUGCCCACGGCAAUUGGCCAAAUCGAGAGAAUUAAUGUAUGGGAGUCAGUUAAGGAGGUCUCAUGGUGCAGUUUCCGAUGGUAUCUACAAUAAUAUGCGGUGGCGGAAUCGAGAUCCACAUUACACUGGCGUUUAUCAGACAGGAUAUUCGCAAUACUUGGACGCCUACACCUCUCAAUGUGAUGAGGUCAGCUUUAUACCUUGGUUACCGAACGGCCCCAGCAUGACAAAGGAGCUCCGAUCGACACUCAACAAUCUGGUUCAUCAAACCAAUUACGUCCUGCAGUAUUACACCAACUGGUUGAAUCUGAAGUACUACAAUGACCGACCACCUGGCGACGACUCACGAUAUGCACCUUUUCUGGACUGGGUUGACUUUGACAUCGUUUACAAUUCACAUCGAUUCUGUCGCGAAGGAGCCGACGAACCAGACCGACACGACCGCAACAUUUGGUUUUUCCACUUCCUUGAUGGGUGGCUUAAGGAAGGAAAUGGGACAAUUCCGGGUGAGCCAAACGGAGAUAACCAGACUACACAAGUUGUCCCUGAAUGGAUUGCACAGACGUUUCAUCCCAAAUCGGCUGGUCACCGGGCAAGCAAAGACCUGCUCUACCUCAAAACCAAGUUCGAAGUGUUCGCCAGGAAACUGAGCGGCAAAGUAAAACGCAUCUGGAUGGUUGGGGAUGACCAAUGUUACCCUUCACAUCACCCGAACUCGGGCUUCUAUGGAGGCUUUAGGUUACCUCUCCAGCACAUAUUAUUGGACCCUCAUUUCUAUGGCUGGGACCACUUCGACGAAGGGAUGACUGCUAUGAUUCCUCAUUGGGUUGGUUCCCAAGGCUACCUCGGCGCUAGACACGACUGUUAUAGAGGAAGCCAGAUUAACGAGAUACACGAUCUUAUACGAGCCUCGCCAAUGCAUAACGAAAGACAAAAGGUGGUUGUACUUGCGCUAGGAACGAUGGAUAUCUUCCUCGGCUAUGAUCUCGAAAACGCCCAUCGCAGAGUCGGCGCUAUCCUGAGGACUAUCUUCUAUCACGAUCGCGAAGCUGUGGUCCUAAUCAACCACCUACCAAUGUUUGGAAAAGAAUAUCAAGGCGAGAAUCUGGAACGCAGGGAAGGUCUACAGCGAGUGGUUGAGUUUAAUGCCCGACUUUCUGGACUCGCCAACUACUGGCGGACUCGAUAUAACAGGCGCGUGCUUAAGGUCUCUCUUCCACUGACAACGGUGGAGAAGAGAGACGUUUUUCUACCCGAUAGGCGAGGCUACACUGCCAUUGCGUGGAGCAUUGCGGAACAGCUAGUUAUGGCGGGGUCAAUGAACUGGAUUACUGAUGACUCGAAUGACGACGAAACACCAGGUCCAGCGGUCCCUGGCCCUCCAAAUCCAGGCGAAUCUCAGGCACGGCGAGCGGACUCUCCGUCAUCGAGGGUCCAUGAGAGGGAGCUGCCGAGUCGCAAAGCUAUUCCCCCCCAGUAUCAGCUACUACCCGAUCCGGUAAAGGACGGCACUUUCAUUUGCACACAGAAGCGACCCGACGGCGCACCAAGCGGCGACGAUAUUCUGGCUUCUCUUUUUCAAGGCAAGAGCAGGUUCGAUUGGGCCCAUCAGGUUGUCUGCAACACUACCGAGAUGUGCAAGAACAGUAUAUUCGAUACAUCCCCCGAAGCUUACUGGGAUUGGAACAAGGCCCCCAACGGUACCAUGUGCCUUGGAGGAGGAGGUGCUGAUGAAUGGCCCGAUGCCACCCAAAUCAUGAUCGUGCGGCCGAAAGGAGACUUGGAUAUAAACGGCGGGGACGUCUGCUUGAUGGGCAUGCAAGCCUUGGUGCACAAGUGCAUCGGAGAGGAAGGCUACUACGGGGGAUACUUCUUUAGUCCUGGAGACGGCGACAAGUUCCUGUACAACGUGACCAAUCUGAACUACCAGAACAGUCCUCUCGAGAAACCAAAGUACUUCAAAGAACCCAUCGACAUGGCUUGGGCUGAAAGGGUUAUAUUCGAAGGCGAGAAACCAGAUACCUCCCUCAUUUACAGCUCUCCAAACCCAUUGCCAACAGAUUUGGAUGACGAAUGGAUUUAA